UUGUUGUUGUUGUUUUUCCGUCUGCAGGAAGAGCAUGUCCACAGAAAGACUUACCCUGGUCCGCAGAGAGAUGGCAGCAGAGAGUCGGAGUCGGACCACGUCCUCCAGCAGCUCCUCUGGUGGGAAAAGCAAAUCCAAAGAAUGCACCUACAAUGCAGAGGACGGCUACGUGAGGAUGUUCCUCCGCGGCCGUCCCGUCACCAUGCACGUCCCGGACCCGCAGCGGGACGGCUUCAGCCUGGACCAGAAGGUGGCGCUGCCGGACAAAAAGCUGAAGCUUCAGUGGGUCUACGGCUACCGCGGCCGCGACUGCCGCUGCAACCUCUACCUGCUGCCCACCGGGGAGAUCGUGUACUUCAACGCGUCGGUGGUGGUUCUGUACAACACGGAGGAGCAGCAGCAGAGACAUUACCUGGGACACAACGACGACGUGAAAUGCCUGAGCGUCCAUCCUGACAUGGUAACCAUAGCAACGGGUCAGGUGGCUGGAAACUCCAAGGAUGGAAAGCUUCUCGCUCCUCACGUUCGCAUCUGGGACUCGGUGAGCCUCAACACGCUGCAUGUGAUCGGCAUGGGGGCGUUCGACAGAGCCGUCACCUGCGUCUCGUUCUCCAAGUCGAACGGCGGCUCCUUCCUCUGCGCCGUGGACGACGCCAACGAUCACAUCCUGUCAGUCUGGAACUGGCAGAAAGAGAAACAACUCGCUGAAGUGAAGUGCUCCAACGACUCUGUUCUGGCUGCCGUGUUUCAUCCCAUGGACACGAAUCUGAUCGUCACCUGUGGAAAGUCGCACAUCAACUUCUGGACCAUGGAGGGAAACGCGCUCACCAAGAGGCAGGGACUGUUUGAGAAACACGAGAAACCAAAGUACGUUCUGUGUGUGGCCUUUGCUGAAAACGGCGACGCCAUCACAGGAGACUCCAGUGGGAACCUCUACGUCUGGGCCAAAGGCGGUAACCGCAUCAGCCAGGUGGUGUCGGGCGCACACGAAGGCGGCAUCUUCUCCGUUUGCGUCCUGAAGGACGGCACCAUGGUGUCCGGAGGCGGGAAAGACCGCAAGGUGGCGCUGUGGGACCACAACUACAGGAAGCAGGCGGAGAUGGAGGUGGGCGAGUCGCUCGGCCCGGUCCGGGCUCUGGCUGAAGGGAAACCAGGUGAGCUGUUCGUCGGAACCACCAAGAACGCUAUCAUCAGAGCGGCCUUCCCCGACACCCUGACCCCCAUCGUACAGGGUCACACAGACGAGUUGUGGGGGCUGGACGUCCACCCGUCCAUGGAGCAGUUCGUUACCUGCUCUCAGGACAAGCAGGUCCACCUGUGGGACACCAGCACCCACCAGCCGCUCUGGAGCAAGACCAUAGAGGAUCCGGGAAGGUCUGCAGGUUUCCAUCCCAGCGGCGCCGUUCUGGCUGUGGGAACCAUGACUGGAAGGUGGUUGGUGCUGGACACCGACACCCGGGAUUUAGUUUCUAUGCACACAGACGGCAGCGAGAUCAUCUCGAACGUCAAAUACUCCCCAGAUGGUAACUUCCUGGCUGUUGCUUCCCACGACAACUUCGUCUACAUCUACGCCGUGAGCGAGAGCGGCAAGAAGUACAGCCGCGUCGGCAAAUGCACUGGCCACUCCAGCUUCGUCACCCAUCUGGACUGGUCUGCAGACAGCCAGUACCUCGUCACCAACUCAGGAGACUACGAGAUCCUCUUCUGGGAGGCAUCCAGUGGUAAACACGUGACCAACAUGGACACGGUGCGCAACCUGGAGUGGGCCACCUCUACCUGCACUCUGAGCUUCAGCGCCUUCGGAAUCUGGCCGGACGGCGCCGACGGCACGGACAUCAACGCCGUGUGCCGCUCACAUGAUGGCUCUCUGCUGGCCUCUGCUGACGACUUUGGCAAAGUGCAGCUGUUCUCCUUCCCCUGCUCCCAACCAAGGGCUCCGAGUCACGAGUACGGCGGCCACAGCAGUCAUGUGACCAACGUCGCCUUCCUGCACGACGACAGUCACCUGAUCUCCACCGGAGGGAAAGACACCAGCAUCCUGCAGUGGGUAGUUGCCUAGGCAACGCUCUGUCCGACCCCCCCCCCACCCCACCCCAUCACCAGAUUACCCUCCCCCGCCAGCAGGUGGCAGCACCCCUCUGUGCCUACAGCUGCGUAACCAACCGUCCCGACCCGCAGAUGUCCAAUCAGAACCGUGUGAGACGGAGGAGAAAAAGUAACAUCAUGGCUGACCUGUGACCUUUAGCGUUAGUGCUUCCUGUGCCUGAACUGUGUUCAUUUCGACCCCCUUUAACAGGAACUCCACCUGAUUUCAUUUGGGCCGAACGCGGCUCCUUUGCUCUACGGAGCGGUUCCGAACGCCCGGGUUCGGGUUUCACUCGUUUGCUGUGAUGUUUUGAAGGAAACUUCAGACGUUUCCGCUUCUUGUUGAGCAAAUCGAUGCAAAAACCUGAGAAGAGACGUCGUUCCUCCACAGAGUCGGAGGGUUUGACUGAAACGGGUUGAAAACCAGGUCGCUCCCGGGAUUUGUUUAGGCCAAACGCAGUCUGAGUGAAGUUGGCCAACAUCUUUCUCAAAUCUAACAGAAUUGGUGCCGAACGUUUGUGCAGCACAAAAUUUGUUUCUGCUUUUUUUUUUUCUUUGAAGAUAUUAAAGGUCAGCCAGCCCCUCCCACAGCACCCAGAUCUAGUAACUUUGGUGUCAAAUGUUUGUGCUGCGUUUUGCAGCAACAUUUCUGUUUCUGCUGCUGUCAUUUUAAGGACGGCAAUAAA